AUGAUUUUAUGUCAACGUAGAUUAUCAAAGAUAUUAUAUGAUUGUCAUAGAUUUAGUGUAAGAAAAUUAACUUCUUCAAUAUGUGUAGAAGAAGAAGAGAAUGAAUUACAUGGUGAUGGAGCUUUUCGACGUAAACAACCGCUUGGUUAUACUGAUGAACAAACAUAUGCUGGUUGUUUAUCAUUUCUACGUCGAAAUUAUACACGUAAUUUAAGUAAUGUUGAUGUAGCUGUAACUGGUAUUCCUCAUGAUUUGUCAACAAGAUAUCGACCUGGUGCACGAUUUGGACCAAAAUCUAUUCGAGAAGCAUCAGUACAAGUUACACGAGAAAAAUCUUAUCCUGCUGGAAUUGAUUUAUUUAAUGAUUUAUCUAUUAUUGAUUAUGGAGAUUGUUGGUUUGAUCAAAAUCAACCUGAAACAAUAUCUUCAACUAUUCAAUCUCAUGCAAAACAAAUUAUUGAUAAAAAUGUUUUUCUUUUUUCACUUGGUGGUGAUCAUUAUUCGACAUAUUGUUUAUUAAAAGCACAUGUUGCACAUUAUGGUAAACCAUUAUCUUUAAUUCAAUUUGAUGCUCAUUCACAUACAUCGACAGAGAAAAAUACAUAUAGUCUCAAUGAUGCUGUUCAAGAAGGUCUUAUAGAUCCUUCAACAUCAAUUCAAAUUGGUAUUCGUACAUAUAAUGAUAAUUUAAUGGGGAUAAAAAUCGUUGAUGCUCAAUAUGUCCAUACACAUAGAAUUGAAGAUAUAGUUGAACAAAUCAAAUUAUGUGUAGGAAAUAAUUUAACUUAUUUAACAUUUGAUAUUGAUUGUCUUGAUCCAUCAUUUGCUCCUGGUACUGCAAAUCCUGUUUGUGGUGGUCUAACAACAUCACAAAUUAUUUCGAUUUUACUUCAACUUGAUUCAAUAAAUUAUGUUGGAAUGGAUAUUGUUCAAGUUUCUCCUUUAUAUGAUCAGAGUAAUAUAACUAGUUUAGCAGCAGCUACAAUUGUCUAUGAGUUAUUAUGUUUACUACGAAAUAAAAAAAUUCUUCAUAAAACAUUUUCUUUUGGAAAUUAUCCAAAAUAA